AUGGCCAUUCUCGACGUUUUUCGAAGUCGACCGGCGCCGUCGUCCGUGGACGGCGACGUCCCGGCAAAGUUUCCUCAGUUUACCAUUUUCUCUCGUCCGGGCUCCUCGCUCGGCAAUUGUACCCCUUCCUCGGGUCUGGCCACCCCGACCGAAGAGAAGAAUCUCGCGGAAUUAGGCCCCUGUCCGGAAAUUGGUCGUCUGGCUUCAUGGAAAGGUGCCCUGAUCUUGCUGGUCACGUCGGGCUCCCAAUUCCUCGACAAUGUCUUCAUGACCAGUGCCAAUGUGGCCUUGUCGUCGAUUCAAGAGGCCUUUGACGUGUCUGACACCAACCUCCAGUGGAUGAUCUCCGCAUAUACCCUUACUUUUGGUGGGUUUUUGCUCCUUGCGGGCGUCCUGUCCGACCGCUAUGGACGGAAGAUGAUCUUGUGCUUGGGGUUGACCUGGCUGUCGAUUUGGACGUUGGCCAUUGGCUUCGGGCAGUCCUUUAUCCAACUCACCGUGUUUCGUGGUCUUCAAGGCAUCGGGGCGGCGCUGACAGUGCCGUCCGCGAUCGGAAUCAUCAGCGCCUACUUCAGCGGGUUGGAUCGAACCCGUGCACUAUCCAUCUAUGCUUCGUCGGGGACCGUUGGGUUCUGCGUGGGACUGAUCUUCGGGGGCUUCCUUACCUCAUCUCUCGGCUGGCGCUACAUCUUCUACUUUAUCGUCAUCAUCACCGGCUCCCUCGGGAUCCUCGGUGCCAUCGUUCUCCCUCAAGACAACCGGGCGGGCAAGGAGAAGCCCAAGAUGGACUACGUGGGGGCGAUGCUCUCCACAGCGGGUCUGAUUCUGCUCCAGUUUGUCCUGUCCAGCGGGGGGGUAUACGGCUGGGGGACGCCAUUUAUCCUCGUGUUGUUGAUUCUCGCCGUGGCCUUGCUGGUCGCGUUCACCCUCUGGGAAAAGUACAUUUCCUAUCCCUUGAUGCCAUUGGGACUAUGGAAGCUCCCUAACUUUGCGGGUCUCUGGAUUGCGGGAUUCACCUGCUACGGCAGCUACCAAAACGUAAUCUACUACAUCGUCCUCAUGGCCCAAGAAGUCGACCAGCUCUCGGCCGGCCAAACGGCCAUUCGCUUCCUGCCCAUGGGGGUAAUCGGCUUCAUCGCAUCCAUGGGCACCGGAAAAGCCCUAGAAUACAUCAACGGGAAAUAUACCCUCAUUGCGGGGCUGGUUUUAACCGUGGUAGCCCCGAUCCCUAGCGCCAUUACCUCCAGUCCGGAAACAAACUUCUGGAUCAACGUCCUCCCCACCUCCCUCAUAAGCAUCACCGCCGUCUCCCUCAUUUUCGUCACCACCAGCACCGCCAUCCUCACCACCGUGCCCGUGAACGUGAAAAGUCUCUGCGGGGGGAUGCUCAACACCGCCUUUCAGAUCGGGUCCGGUGUAGCACUGGCCAUUUCCGCUGCGGUCACCGAGGCAGUGGAUAUUAAGAAAGGACAUGAUCUCGCGCAGCAGUAUGCCACGGGGUUGUGGUGUUCGGCGGGGUUGGCGGGGUUGGGGCUGAUUAUUGCGGUGGGUUCGGUGCGCAGGAGGGGGAUCGGGCCGGGGGAUCGGGAUGAUUCGGUGUGUGCUAUAUGA